UCGCAGUACAUUCGUUCUGCUGGUGCGUUGUAGCAUCGUGGCCAGAUUUGGUGCUUCAAAAUGGCACUUAUUCUCGCAGCUGUCCUGUUAGCACUCAUGAAUCAAACGGAUGUCCACGGCAAAUCUCUCAACACUUUUGCGACGUAUCUGCACAGCCGCGCGAGUACGGCUUUGCAACAAAAGGCGGAUCUGGACAACCGUGCGAGUACGGCUAGCAACAAAGGCGGAUCUGCCUACGCCACCGGCGGAAAACAGGGCCGUUAUAUAGCAUACGGUACUAAAUUCUACAACUGUGAUCAGAGUCAAUUACCUACAUCCGACAAGCCUACGUGGAAUUGGUACCUCCGAUUCACGCACCACUUCAACCCACUUAAGCCAGAAGAGCUUCAACGCUUUGACGGCAACGUUACAGGAUUAGAAAGAUUGGAUGAUAGUGGCUGGGCGUCCUGCGUGGAUUGCGCCUCAUUCAAAUGCGUUUUCAUGGCUGAGUUUUGGCUGUUGGAUAUUGUCAAUUGGCAUCCCCAAACCACAAUUAUAAAGUUAAACGACGGUGUGACUACGCAUCAAGGCGCAUCAAGGUAAUACGGACCAAUUCUU